AUGGCGUCCAGAUCAACAGGCGUCGCACGCCAACUGUUUAGCUCGGCCACCGCAGCAUCACGUGCAUCGACAUGCACCACCGUUCCCGUCGCCCGAACUUUUGCCUCGGCAUCAAUUCGCUCGAAUGCUUCGACCUCAUCGUCGGUGACGUUGGACCAGCUUCGCGAUGCAUCACAGACUCUACCAUCUCGCCAGAGCAGCACACCUCCUGCCACCGAGAGCCACAAUGCCAUUGCAAAAGAAGAGGAGCAGUUCGUGCUGCCCAACUGCCUGCUUCCCACCGAAUCACUCCCACAGACACACGGCGUGCACGUUGCGACGCUGCACCUGCGCUCGUACACCGACGGCCUGCCGAACCUCGACCUGUUCGCUGACUUUGCGCGGCGCGCGGCUUUCGCGAUUGGCAUCCCGGCUGGCGGCGUCGCGCAUCUGCCCACGCGUACCUCGCUGUGGACCGUACCGCGCUCGCCGUUCGUCCACAAAAAGUCGCAGGAGAACUUUUGGCGCAAAACCCACUCGAGAGCCAUCAAGCUGUACGACGCGAACGACCAGGUCGUCGAUAGGUGGUUGCACUUUUUGCGUAUUCACGCGCUUCCAGGAGUCGGGCAGAAAGCUGAGCUGUUCAGAUACCACGAGCUGGGCGUAGGCGACAAGCUGAUGGACGAGGCCAAGGCGUUGCAGCGUUCGGGGUCAAGGACGGAGGCGGAUGGUGCGAAAGGUGAGGUGGCCUCGGCAGCGGACAGUAUCAAGAAGCUCGCUGAUGGGAUUGUGGAGAAGGAGAUUGCUCAGGCUGCAGCCGCUGAGCAGAAGUGA